GCAUCAUUCAAGGCUGUUUCUAUGUUUCUUGUCAAAGAUAAAACAUGAAAGUCUACAAAUUGUAUGAAUUACGACGUUAUUAUGCUAGAGUAUCAUCAUUAGCAUUUGCUUUUGACACUUUUGUGGUUCUUAUCAUUACUUUGGUACCUUGGAUCAUCUCGUAUAUAACUGGUUUCAUGUACGUAAAUUCUUAUGCUUUUCCAGAAAAACCCCUGAUAUUGUUCGACGGAAACAUGUUGCUUUUUCUUCAGAAGGCUGAUGGUUUUCUUUAUUAUGGUAACAUACCACAUCAGGAAACGAACCAUCUAUUGCAAUCUUCGCUUAGGCUACCUCAAAUCAGUUUUUACAAUUCUAAAAAUAAAAACUUUGAUGAGGAAGAGGCGAUUGAUAUUUAUAUUAAGUUUCCUAUAUCUCCCACAGAAAAGAUAAUUGGUCUCACUGUUGUACUUUUGGUUGAUGUUACCACGUUGAGUUUUUACAAUAGACAAGACAAAGUCCCAAUAUUUAUAAACAAAGUUUUUCGAUCACACACCAAUGGAUUUCUAUAUUCUGGGGACCUUUUAUGCUUUCGAAAAUACUGGUUGCCUUUUACACAAGCUAGUACUUAUUAUGAAACUAAAACGAUUCCAAGAAAAAUCUUAGAUCUAUCAAUGAACAUAUCGGGAGAUGGUAAGCUAUUUAUUAGUCCAUAGUUUUGCUUUUUAGGAUAUUACUUACUUGAAGAUAGAAUAAGUGUACCUAUAAUACGCGAAAGUCUUUCAAGUACUUUUGACAUAGAAAUAUCUGUUUACUUUUCCUCUCUAAGAAUCAGGGCUAAUCUAGGAUUUUGGUAUACUAUCAAAAUUGCAUGGAUUCAAUAUAUAUCAAUUGGUUUAGUGAUUAUUUAUUUAGCUGAAAAACUAAGAGGAUCCAUUUAUGAUAAACAAAUUGUUAGAACAAUUGUCAAAUCAACUAUACCAAAAUCUUUGGAUCUAUGAAUACAUUUACAUUAUUUUAAUUGAACAAUCAGUAAUCUACAAUAUGGUCAAUAAAGUGAUACAUAUUUUUGUAUUAUCUUUUAUAAGAGAUGUGAAUAAAGUAAAAAUCAAUAUUUGA